AUGAAGAAAAAGAAAAGAAAAAAUGAGGCCACGCCCACUGCAAAAGUGCGGCGCACAUUUGCAAAAUUGUUUAUUUAUUUUAUUUUCACUCCGAAAAAACAGAAGCUUUCCCCCUUUUCCUUGAUUUUAUAAUAAAUUUCCCUUUUUUUCAGGAUGAGAAGCGUUUGGCAAUCAAAAAAGCAAAAGAGGAUCUCGAAAAAUUCCUGCAAGAAAAUCGACAAGUCAAAGAAACCCUCAAAUAUUCGAAAGCUUGUGAAAUUUUCGGAAAAGAGCCAAUUUGGCAAGCUGUAAAUGAUGAAGAUCGCCACGAUAUUUUCCGAGAUUGUCUGAAGUUUGUAGCGAAACGAGAUGAGGAGAAAAAGAAAGAGGUUCAGACAAAAAAUAUUCAAUCACUUUCGGCAAUUUUACAAAGUAUGGAUCAGAUUACGUAUAAGACGACUUGGGCGCAAGCGCAACGAUUAUUGAUUGAGAAUCCGGCAUUUGCUAACGACACUACGUUGCAAAGUGAGUUCGGGGGGGGGGAUCCAGAUUAUGGGAGCGUCGCUUUAAAAAUUGAUUUCUCCCAAGAAAAUUCUAGUGUUUUGGUUUUAAAAUUUUUUUGAGAUGAGAAAUUUAGCGCUGAAAAAAAGAUGGGAAAAAUUUGUAGAAAUCGCAUUUUUUCACAAAAUAAAAUUUAAUUUUGUUUUCAGUCAUGGAUAAAGAAGAUGCCUUGAUCGUAUUCGAAGAACAUAUAAAAGCCGCCGAAAUUGAGCACAUUGAACAGAAAAAAUUGGAAUCAAAAAGACUUCGAAGACAAGAAAGAAAAGUUCGUGAACAAUUCCAACAAUUGCUGGCAGAAUUGCACAAAAAAGGAGAGCUAACAUCAGUUUCUCUAUGGAAAGAUUUGUUCAGUGGAAUAUCAGCGGAUCAUCGAUUUGAUGCGAUGUUAUUGCAAUCUGGUUCAACUCCUUUAGAUCUUUUCAAAUUUUUUGUUGAAGAUUUGAAAGAGCAAUAUACAGAAGAUCGAAAGAGGAUUAAGGAAAUUUUGGCGGAGAAAAAUUUGGAAGUUAGGCCAAAUACAGAAUAUGAUUUGUUUAGCGAAUGGGUUUUGUCGCAUCCAAAUGGAGGAAAAGUUGAUCAUGGAAAUAUGAAAUUGUGCUAUAAUUCGAUGAUUGAAAAAGCAGAAUCGAAAGUGAAAGAUGAAGAAAGAGAAAUUGCGAGGAAAAAGAGAAGAAUUGAAAAUGAAUAUAAAGGAUUAUUAAAGGCGCAGGAAGUUGGAAUUGAAACUGAUUGGAAUGUUUUGAAAGGAAAUAUUGAGAAGGAAAAAGCAUAUGAGGCGGUCAGUUUUUUUGGGGAAUUAUUUGCGAAAAAUCUGAUUUUAUAGUAAAAAUGAAUUAUAUUAAAAAUUUAGUGCCAAAAAUCCUACCUAGAAGAAAACAAUUUUUUUUCGAAAAUAAUAUAAAUUUGAAUUUUUAAUUUUUGAUGACAUCAAUAAUUCACUUGUAACUUUGUUCAUCCAAAUUCUCAUUUUCGACGUAAAAAACUAUUUUGUUCAGGUUGGCUCCGAAGAAGAAUGUGAAAAAUUGUUCCGUGAUUAUGUAACUGCUUUGAAUGAGGCUUGUCAUCAUAUUCAUGCACCAUCAAAUGGUGAAAAAUCAAAGAAAAAGAAGAAAGAUAAAAAGAAGAAGAGCAAAAAAGAAGAGGUUUGUGAGAUGGGCAUUUUUCAACUGAUAAUAUGAGCAUUCUAUAUUUCUUUUGGAAUUUACACUGUUAACAAUUUUUCAAGCCUUGAACCAUUUGUGGAAAUUUUGAAACAGUAGAAAAUUUUCUACAUGAUCAAAAUAUAGUAAACACUGAAAAACUACAUGAAUUUUUUGAAACAGUAAAAAAUAUUCACAAAAAAUUUUAAAAACGGUUUCGGAAAAAAUCUUUUUGACCUGAAAAUUAAUUUUUCAAAUCUGCAAAAUUAUUAUUGGUUUAUUAAUUAUUUUCAAACCUUAUUUUUUCAGCGUGCUGAUUCAGAAUCUGAAGGUGAAAUUCGAGAGAAAAAGAAGAAAAAGAAGCAUUCGAAAGAUCGAAGCGAUGAUGAAAGUGGAAAAAAAAUUGAAAAAAUCCCGAAAAAGGUCGCAUUCUGAACAAAGUGAUUAUGAAGUGGAAAAAAAGAGAAGGGUAAGUGGGGGUUAUGAUCCAUCAAAUUUCAAGGGGUGCUGUACCCAAAAUUCUGUAAUUUCUUUAUACGAGUCUCAAAGAAUAUAAUUCCAUGUUGCUUUAAAAUUUUGGGGUGCUGUACAUAGCUCCAAGUUUUCUGUAUUUAUUUUUCUACAGUAAGCCACAAAAUAAUAAAUAAUAUUUUUUCCAGCACGAAUCGGAUUCCAAUUGA